CUUCCUGGAGGUGCCACCGGUGUGUGCGUGUCCUCCUGGUCAGAGCACGCGGGUGUGUGGAUGAGGACACAGGCCUCGCCCUAAGGCGAUGCUGCGCUUUCUCUUAAACUGCUCGACUGUAGACCCUGGAACCCCCUUUCUGUCGCAGCGAGGAGUGGACUGGCACUGCCCUGACGAGCAUGCUCAGUGAGGUCUGCCCGGGCAGUGCCGUGACCCCGAGCACUGAGCCACAGAGACAAGAGAAGCAUCUGAUUCCUGGAGUUCAAGACCCUUGGAGGCCCCUGGCUUGUUCCAGUGCUCCCGGCAAAGCCUGGGGGGGCGUUUAACUAGCCUGAUGAAGUCCUCCGAUAUCGAUCAGGAUCUAUUUACAGACAGUUAUUGCAAGGUGUGCAGUGCACAACUGAUAUCCGAAUCCCAGCGUGUGGCCCACUACGAGAGUCGAAAACAUGCCAGCAAAGUCCGACUGUAUUACAUGCUUCAUCCCAGGGAUGGCGGCUGUCCUGCCAAGAGGCUCCGGUCGGAAAAUGGAAGCGACGCGGACAUGGUGGACAAGAACAAAUGCUGCACGCUCUGUAACAUGUCAUUCACCUCCGCGGUGGUGGCUGACUCGCAUUAUCAAGGCAAAAUCCACGCCAAAAGGUUAAAACUGCUGCUAGGAGAGAAAACCCCGUUAAAAACCACAGCGACGCCCCUGAGCCCCCUGAAGCCCCCGCGGGUGGACACUGCUCCGGUGGCCGCGUCUCCCUACCAGAGAAGAGACUCGGACAGGCACUGCGGGCUCUGCGCGGCCUGGUUUAACAACCCGCUCAUGGCCCAGCAGCACUACGACGGCAAGAAGCACAAAAAGAACGCGGCGAGAGUGGCUCUGCUGGAACAGCUGGGGACCACCCUGGACAUGGGGGAACUGAGAGGUAAGGACGGCUCCUCUGAUCUCCGCCACAAAGCGAGGACUGUGUUUUCGCCAGUUGGGAUGAUUCUUGUUAUCGCUUUGAUUAUGAAGGAAAAAGUGAGGCUCACCCCCAAAACAUGGGAAAAAAUAAAGAGCAGAAAACUAGGUUUAACUUCAUUUUUGUAAUCUCCUUUGUUUCCAAGUGUUUUGUUUCCAUAAUUUUAUUGGUCGUUUCUCAGGUCAAAACCACCUGUCCAUGAGCCAGACUUUUUCCUUCUGUUUUACCUUGAGACAGCUUCUCUAGUGACAGCUUCCGCAGAGGGGCUGCGUGGGGCGAGAUGCUAAAGAGGCCAAAUGGCGC